CUGGACCAGCGAUAAAACCCAUCUCCUGCUCUGGCAGGCGGGUUCCUAACCACUGGACCACCAGGGAAGUCUUGCUGCCCUACUGCUGAUGUGGCCUGCUUUUGAUACUUUGGGUCAACUCAGGAGUUGAUGUCUCCUUCUGAUCAGCUGUAAACUGUGUGUCAGAGCCUCCAAGGUGCUGUGGAAACCCUACCGCAAAUCACCCCCAACACAACGAACCCUCUUCAGAGCCUGCAGGUGAUCCAGGGCCGGCGCCUGCUCUGGUGCCAUGGCCUCUUCAUGCUGUCUACCCGGAUGUGGAAACUGAACCAGGGAUGUUUUCAUAAACCAGUGCCCUCUUUUGUUUCUUUACUCUCCCCCUCACUCUGCCCUCUGUAGCUCUUUCCUUACCUUCCAACAGAGGCCUUCUGAUACUACACGUAGUGCAAGCUGAGUACCUGGCAGGCACCAGGUGGAGGUGCCAUGCCGAUGGGUAGGAGUGAAGCUCCCUGAGGGGCCCUCGUGCACCCUCUGUACCCUCACAGCUCCCAGCACAGCACUGAGAACAUAACCGGACACCUUCAUUCGGCGCCUUUUGACACUGUGUACAAGCAAAUGCUCAACCCAGACAGACAGUGAAUUUACCUGUUGGACUAGGAUCAUGGGAGACUGCCUUGACCUUCUCUUAGGAGUCGUACUCCUGACCAGUCCUGCACUUGGAAUUUCUUCCUGCUUCUUCAAUGGUUGGAGAGCCCUCUAUCUUUCCUGCAACCUCACCCAAGUGCCCCAGGUCCCCAACACCACCAAGAGCCUCCUGCUCAGCUUCAACUAUAUCAGGACAGUCAGAACCACAUCCUUCCCCUUCCUGGAGCAGUUGCAGCUGCUGGAGCUGGGAACUCAGUUUACUUCCUUGACCAUUUACAGAGAAGCCUUCCGAAACCUGCCCAAUCUCAGGAUCCUGGACCUGGGUGGAAGUCAGAUAGAAUUCUUGCAUCCAGACGCUUUUCAGGGACUGCCCCACCUCACUGAACUUCGACUGUUUUUCUGUGGUCUCUCCGAUGCUGUAUUAAAAGAUGGUUAUUUCAGAAAUUUGGCAUCUUUGACUCGCUUGGACCUAUCCAAAAAUCAAAUUCAGAGUCUUCAUCUUCAUCCCUCUUUCCGGGAACUGAAUUCCUUGAAGUCCAUUGAUUUUUCCCUCAACCAAAUACCUAUUGUAUGUGAGCAGGAGUUCAAACCCCUCCAAGGGAAAACACUCUCCUUCUUAAGCCUUGCUGAUAACCACUUGUACAGCAGGGUGUCAGUGGACUGGAAUAGGUGUCUGAACCCAUUCAGAAACAUGGUCCUGGAAACCCUAGAUGUUUCUGGCAAUGGCUGGGGGGUGGACAUCAUGAGAAACUUCAGCAAUGCCAUCAAUGGGAGCCAGAUUUUCUCUUUGGUUCUUACCCAUCACAUUAUGGGUUCUUCGUUUGGCUUCUCCAACCUGAAGGAUCCUGACCAGCACACCUUUGCUGGGCUAGCCAGGAGCUCGAUGAUACAGCUGGACAUUUCACAUGGGUAUAUCUUCUCCCUGAACUCCGGAGUCUUUGAAACGCUCCAGGAACUGAAGGUCCUAAACCUCGCCUACAACAAGAUAAACAGUAUUUUGAGGAAUGCGUUUUAUGGACUCGACAACCUCCAAGUUCUCAAUAUAUCAUAUAACCUUCUUGGGGAAUUAUAUAAUCAUGAUUUCGAUGGACUACCUAAGGUAGCCUAUAUUGACCUGCAGAAGAAUCACAUUGGGAUCAUUCAGGACAAAACAUUCAAAUUCCUGGGGAAAUUAAAUACCCUGGACCUCCGGGAUAAUGCUCUUAAAACAAUUUAUUUUCUUCCAAGCAUUCCUAAUAUCUUCUUGGGUGGCAAUAAGCUGGUGACUUUGCCAAACAUCCCACUUACAGCCAAUUUCAUCCAAUUAUCAGAGAAUAGGCUAGAAAAUCUGAAUGAUCUCUACUUCCUUCUCCAGGUACCUCAUCUCCAGAUUCUCAUUUUAAAUCAAAAUCGCUUUUCCUUUUGUCCGCAAAACCAUGCCCCUUCAAAGAAUCCCAGCCUAGAAAAGCUUUUCCUUGGAGAAAAUAUGUUGCAACUUGCCUGGGAAACCGAGUCAUGUUGGGAUAUUUUUAAGGGGCUUUCUCAUCUCCAACUCCUCUAUCUGAAUAAAAACUACCUGAAUUUCCUUCCACCAGGAGUAUUUCAUCAUCUGACUGCACUGAGGGGACUCAGCCUCAAAGACAACAGGCUGACUGUUCUUUCUCCUGGUGACUUACCUGCUAACUUAGAGAUCCUGGAUAUAUCUGGAAACCAGCUCCUAUCUCCUGAUCCUGAUUUAUUUGCAUCACUGAGUGCCAUGGACAUAACUCAUAACAAAUUCAUCUGUGAUUGUGAACUUAGUGCUUUUAUCCAUUGGGUCAAUCAAACCAAUAUCACAAUAUCUGGGUCUCCAGCAGACAUGUACUGCAUGUACCCAAACUCUCUGGCUGGGGUUUCCAUUUAUAGUCUUUCCACAGAAGGUUGCGAAGAAGAAGAAUUUUUAGAGUCCCUGAAGUUUUCCCUUUUCAUCUUGUUCACUGUCACCUUGACUCUGUUCCUCAUGAUCACCCUCACGGUUACAAAGUUCCGGGGGUUUUGUUUCAUCUGUUAUAAGAAAGCCCAGAGUCUGCUGUUCAAGGACCCCAUCAAGGGAAGAGAAUCAGAUACAUACAAAUACGAUGCCUAUUUGUGCUUCAGUAGCAAAGACUUUGAAUGGGUGCAGAACGCUUUGCUCAAACACCUGGAUGUCCAGUACAGCAGCCAGAACAGAUUUAACCUGUGCUUUGAAGAAAGAGACUUUAUGCCCGGGGAAAACCACAUCGCCAACAUCCAGGAUGCCGUGUGGAGCAGCAGGAAGACUGUCUGUCUCGUGAGCAGACACUUCCUUAGAGACGGGUGGUGCCUCGAAGCCUUCAGUUACGCCCAGAGCAGGUGCUUAGCUGACCUCAACAGCGCCCUCAUCAUGGUGGUGGUGGGGUCCCUGUCCCAGUUCCAUCUGAUGAAGCAUCAGUCCAUCAGAGGGUUCGUCCAGAAACGGCAGUACUUGAGGUGGCCUGAGGAUCUCCAGGAUGUUGACUGGUUUCUCAAUAAACUCUCUCAAUGCAUUCUAAAGAAAGGAAAGGAAAGGAAGAAAGACAGUGCUAUUCAGCUGCGAAGUGUAACCACCGUCUCCUAGGCAAAGGAGCAGUUUCUACUUACUGCAAGCCACAGAUAACUCUGUACCUUUUAUGUCCACUAGUUACCAUUUGCCUGCCUUUAUGUUCAGUUGCUCAGUCAUGUCCCACUCUUUGCGACCCCAUGGACUGUAGCCCACCGGGCGCCUCUGUUCAUGGGAUUUCCUAG